AUGAAGCUCAAAGAUACAAUAAAACAAAGCACUAGGCGUGAAGCUGAAUAUGAAGCUAGAAUUAAGAAACUAGAACAGAAAGAUAAAGAAAAAACCAACCUUAUUACUAAACUGGAGCAGAACAUAAAGAUACCGUUGUCAGAGUUGCGAAAUUGGAACAAAGCCAGUUUCAAUAACUCUAAUGUUAAAUCAGAUAAUGAUACCAAGGGAAUCGAUCAAUCUUCGGUUGAUACCGCCUCUACCAAAAUGGAAAAUUCCAAAUAUACCCCUGAACAGAUGGACUUACAAUGUGAUGAUACUCCCGCAUCCAAUAUAACUGAUAAUACUUCAAAUUCUGAUGUAUAUUUGGGGUCUUUGACUCAAGAAACGAAAGUUUCAUUAUCCCGUAAUUGCUCUGUAUCAACUAUAUGUGCAAAACCUAAAUCAUUAGAUGAUAAAGGAAUGGAUAAUUUUCUGGAUCGGGUACAUAAAGAAAAUGUUAAUGUGAAAGCAUCCUCAUAUCAUGAAGCUUUUCAGGAAGAAAAGCUUAACCAUAAUGAAAAAAUCAAAGCGAUUUUAACAGGAUCUAGUAAGGUUACAUCGCAAAAUAUAGUUGAUCUAUUUAGGGUAGCAAUGAAGGUUAGACAAAAGGAGAGUUUAUGCUGGUACUGUUAUUAUAAAGCAUAUGAGAAUCAAGUCAGUGAUAUUAAGUUUGCAAAUAAUAUCAAUGACCAAUUGGCAAGAACGAUAGUGUAUAAUGAAAUCAAAUCACUACUUCCUUUACCAAUUCAAGUGACUUAUAGCGCAAGUGCUAUUUCAAAUCUAAAGGAUAUUCAAAUUCAAAAUAUUAUACAUGAUUUUUUCAAGAAGUCAAAUGAUAUGAAUUGCCAGAAUAAAAAGAUCCAGUCUAAUAAUCCUUCAAUUACUUUUGUAACUAGUUUACCUGUAAACACUACUUUGUUUGAAAAAACAAGAAAAACUACUAUUCCUAAGUCACAAACACUACAAAAUAUUAAGCAAAAGCAAAAAUCAAAUAUUUCUAGUCAAAACAUAAUUGAAAAUUCCUCACCUACAGUUAACACCUAUCUGUCACCUUUUUCAGUCACUAUAAAGUUAUUAGAGGAAGAGGACAAGUUUAAAAUUACUACUAUUAGUCUUUUCACUUCGAGUACCCUUGAACUACCUGUUGAGUCAACUUUACUAUACUCUUCACUUUCAUAUUUUUCUUCUAGUCAAUCAAGUACAGUUACAAUACAAGUAGACCCUAAUACUUGA